AUGGCCCCUGAGUUAUUAAAGAACACGCGGCGCUACACUAACAAAGUUGGCAUGUGGGCCGUUGGACUUAUUGGAGUCCAACUACUUACCGCUUGGGAGCCCAAUAGCUUCGGGACAUGGCACAGUGUCAUCCUCCAUCAUGUGGAAGAAGCACCAGAGGAGUUCUGUCCUUUGUUGAAGGGCCUACUUCACAAAGCACCUAGGAAAAGAUGGAGCGCUGACAAGUGCCUGAGGUGGCUGUGGAGGCACAUCCAAGCUGAAUACAGCCAGAAUCCUUCUGUCUCAACAACUCGCGCACGGGGAGUGCUUAUCUCGAAGGAUUAUUCUGAGGGAAGCACCAUUCGAGACAUGUUGACUCCUAGCGAGGCGGCUUCCAUUCCAAACACAUCUCUUCCUGAUGACGAGGAGUAUUUUGAUGACCAGCACAAGACUGAUGAGUCUAUGAAUGGCAGUGACGCUAAGGGGGAUGAUUGGAGGGAAGGAAGUCCUACCAGUGAGGAUGAGUGA